AUGUCUUUUGCAGGAGAAAGACCAGACUCAGAGGAACCAGAGACGUCAAAAUCAGCAAGACGACACCACUGCUCCCACUGUGGAAAGAGUUUUAACCAGUUAGGGGACCUGAAAACACAUGAGAGAAUACAUACAGGAGAAAAGCCGUACCACUGCUCCAAGUGUGAAAAAGGUUUUAACCAGUUAGGAAACUUGAAGCGGCAUGAGAGAAUACACACAKGAGAAAAGCCGUACCACUGCUCCCACUGUGGAAAGCGUUUUAACCAGUUAUGGGACCUGAAAGGCCACAUGACUUUGCACACAGCAGAGAAGCCUUAUCGCUGCUCCCUUUGCGGGAAGAGUUUUACCGUGUUAGGGAGCUUGAAAAUACAUGAGAUAAAUCAUAGAAGGGAGAAGCCUUACCACUGCUCCCAGUGUGAAAACAGUUUUACCACGUUAGGGAGCCUGAAAAUACAUGAGAGAAUACACACAGGAGAGAAGCCUUACUACUGCUCCCAGUGUGGAAAGAGAUUUACCCAGUUAGGAAGCCUGAAAGAGCAUAAGAUACUGCACACAAUGGAGAAGCCUUACCCCUGCUCCCUUUGUGUAARGAGAUUUUYCUCAUCAGGGUGCCUGAAAAGACAUGAGAGGACACACACAGGCGAUAAACCUUUCCAAUGCUCCCAGUGUGGAAAGAGUUUUUCCUUGUUAGCGAGCCUGAAAAGACAUGAGAGGACACACACAGGAAAUAAGACUCAUCACUGCCCCCAGUGUGGAAAGAGUUUUAACCUUAAAGAAUACCUGAAAGUGCAUGAGAGAAUACACACAGGGGAGAAGCGAGAGAAGCAUUUCCACUGCUCCCAGUGUGGAAAGAGUUUUUCCUUGUUAGCGAGCCUGAAAAGACAUGAGAGGACACACACAGGAGAGAAGCCUCAUCACUGCUCCCAGUGUGGAACGAGUUUUAAGCUGAAAGGACAACUGAAACAGCAUGAGAGAAUACACACAGGGGAGAAGCCCUACCACUGCUCCCAAUGUGAAAAGAGUUUUGCCUGGUUAGGGGACCUGAGAAGACAUGAGAGGAUACACACUGGAGAGAAGCCUCAUCACUGCUCCCAGUGUGGAAAGAGUUUUACCCAGUUAAGACACAUGAAAAGACAUGAGAGAAUACACAGAGGAGAUAAGAAUGUAGGCUGCUGAACAGUAGGACAUAGGACAGAUGUAGACUGAACAGUGGGACAUAGGACAGAUAUAAACUGAACAGUGGAACAUAGGACAGAUGGAGGUCCAAUACAUGGUGGGUCAGUAGUCCCCAGAGACUCUGAAUGUAUAUUGAUUUUCCAGUGUUUUCCCUCCUGCAUGUAUUAUAGUGGAUUGUGUCCAGAGACUCUGAAUGUGUCUUGUGUAUUGACUU